AUGCCUGGAAAGAUCAGCGAAUGGUCCGACUACUCCUUGACGGAGGAGCAGAAGCAGCACUGGCUGGAGCACGGGUUCAUCAAGGUCGAGAACUGCUUCUCCACCGAACUCGCAGAGAGAUGGACGAGCUCCAUCUGGACGAGACUCGGCGCGGAUCCGGACGACAAAUCGACGUGGCCGACGGAGAAGUUGAACAUGCCCGGCCACACGGUCAUCUCGGUCAAGGAGCACGCGCCCAAAGCAUACGCCGCAAUGUGUGAGUUGGUGGGCGGAGAGGAUCGAGUCGCCGACUGGUGCAAAUACUGGAAAGAUGGCUUCAUUCCCAACCUGGGCAAGCCCGAAUACAAGGAAACCGAUCCCUUGGAUUUCAGGUCGCUGGACAACUGGCACUGCGAUGGAGACUGGUUCACCCACUUCCUCGACUCCCCGGAGCAAGCUCUUCUGGUGAUUCCCCUGUUCACCGAGAUCAAACCCAAGGGAGGAGGCACCGUCAUCUGCACGGAUGGGAUCAAGUUGGUGGCUGAAAAAUUGUACUCGCUACCGCAAGGAGCCACGCCCUACCUGGCGCCUCGAGGCACGCCCGAGAUCCCCAAAUCCAACCCUGAGCGCCGCAAGCUCUGGAAUUCCUGGGUGAAAGAUUCCAGCCUGACUCGCGACGAGUCCUUCCACGAAGCUACGGGGCAAGUGGGCGACGUGUACUUCUUGCAUCCGUUCAUGUUGCACUCGGCAUCACGCAAUCUCCUCCGAAGCGUCCGAAUCAUUACAAACCCCCCCGUGGCCUUGAAAGAGCCAUUCAACUAUAACCGUCCAGACGGCAACUACAGCCUUGUUGAGGCCAAAACAUUGAGGGAACUGGGUCGACCCGAAGGUUUGCCCGAGUGGAAGAUUACUGGACCAAGAGAAUUACUCCCGAGUGCUGGCGGCAGGAUAAAGAUGCAAGAGGAAAUGAAAAGAAACGAAUUGGAGCGCUUGAAGAAGGCCGGCAAGCCAAUUCACACCCUGGAGGGUGCCACCGAAUAUGGCUUGGAGUAUUACCCGUCCUAG